AGAACUCAGGAGUCUCAGGACGAGGACAGUACCGAAGUGACACGGGUCGAAGUGAUAGAACAAUUUCGUAUUUAGCGAAGGAAAUCAGAAAAUCUACAUAAAAACAUGCCGUCUGUAACGUUAAAAGAUGUGGACCAGCAGAAAUUCGUGAAGGCCUUUGCAGCCUUUCUGAAAAAGACCGGCAAGAUGCGCGUGCCAGAAUGGGUGGACAUCGUAAAGACGGCCAAAUUCAAAGAGUUGGCACCCUAUGACCCCGACUGGUACUAUAUAAGGUGUGCAGCCUUAGUGCGUCACAUUUACAUUCGCAGUCCCAUUGGAGUCGGCGCGGUCACGAAGAUCUUUGGUGGACGCAAACGUAACGGCACUCAUCCCAGCCACUUCUGUCGAUCGGCCGGCGGCGUCGCGCGCAAAGCGCUCCAGAGCCUGGAGCAGCUGAAGCUCAUUGAGAAGGCACCUCUCGGUGGACGCAAGCUGACCAGUCAGGGUCGCAGGGAUCUGGAUCGUAUCGCUGCGCAAGUUAAAGCUAAGAGCAAAAAACAGCUUAAGCUUCAAGAAGCAAUUGUGAUUUAAUAUUCUUCCUCUGUAAUAAAAUAAAAUAAAAAAAUGUAAAAAAUC